AUGGCCGAAGAGAACCCGGACCUCCAGUUCGCUUUGCGAAACUUGGACAGGGAAUACGAAGAAGGCGACAUCACUGAGAAAGGGUACCAAAAACGUCGCACCCUCCUUCUUUCGCAGUUCCUGGGGCCAAACAAGCCACUCGAGAUCAAUGCCCACGGUGGCCAUGAGGAUUCCUUGGAUGGAGGUCAUAUGGGUCCUCCAGCGAUUCUGAGUGUUCGACCACCGACAGCCGAAUCUUCCCAGCACGGCCUUUCAUCUCCAACCUAUGCCGGUGGGUACGAGGGGACGCAAGGCGGAUCAUUCGGGUACAACCAUGGUGUCAGUAUGGAUAUGCAAAAUCCGUCACCAGCGACAUCUGGACAGUACGAUAAGGACAGCUUGGGAAUGUUACAGACACACGAUCGGGUUCCUUCUGCUUCGUCGCACGAUUCACUGUUCCUCCCCAAAACUAUGCCCCCAGCCCAACAAGGCCCCGAUGGCUCGAGAACAGCCACUUUAAUGAGCCAGAGCUAUGCAUUCAACCCUGAUGCUCAACAUGAGUAUAUUGACGAGGGCGUGGACAUGUAUGGUCCAGGGUCUGGUGGUGUCACGCGACAGUCAACGAUGCUUGACUCCCAGCAGGGAUUCUUCUCUGACUUUGCAGGCCAACAACAUGAUGACUACCGUGAGAGCUACGGAGGUGGAUUUCAUCGUUACUCACAGUCAGGAGAAGCUUUCUCGCCCACAGCAAACAUGCCACCGCCAUUCAUUCCACCCUCAGAGCUGGCACACGGACCUGCCAUUGAACAUCUCAUGCCGCUUGAACCUCGCGAUAUUCCAUUUGCCGUAUAUGAUCCACAUGACAAAAAUAUACCCAUGUCAAAUUUCGAAAAUCUUCCUGCUGUACUCCGCCACCGGGCUCGAGCACACCCCAAGCAGCCGGCUUACUGGGUAUUGGAUCUGAAGGGAAAGGAAAUCGCGUCCAUAACUUACGACAAAUUGGCCAGCCGAGCAGAGAAGGUCGCUCAAGUGAUCCGUGACAAGAGCAACUUGUAUCGUGGGGAUCGCGUGGCCUUGAUCUACCGCGAAGCCGAAAUUAUAGAGUUCGCUGUUGCUCUCAUGGGUUGCUUCAUCGCAGGAGUAGUUGCGGUUCCCAUCAACAGCCUUGAUGACUAUCAGUCCCUAAACUUGGUACUCACCUCGACUCAAGCCCAUUUGGCCUUGACUACCGAAAACAAUCUGAAAGGCUUCCAGCGCGAUAUCACCGCGCAGAAGUUGAACUGGCCUCGUGGGGUGGAGUGGUGGAAGACAAACGAAUUCGGAAGCUUUCACCCUAAAAAAAAGGACGACACACCUCCCCUUGUUGUCCCCGAUCUGGCAUAUAUCGAGUUUGCCCGGGCACCUACUGGCGAUAUGCGUGGUGUCGUGAUGAGCCACCGAACCAUCAUGCACCAGAUGGCCUGCCUCAGUGCUAUCGUUUCCACAGUACCCACCGAUGCCAGCGCCAGACAGUUUGCGACCAAGGGAGAGACAAUCACUAGUUACCUUGACCCGAGGCAGGGCAUCGGAAUGAUUCUGGGAGUUCUCUUGACCGUAUAUGGCGGCCAUACAACUGUCUGGCACGAAGACCGGGCUGUCGAGACACCCGGCUUAUAUGCCCACAUAAUCACCAAAUACCGAUCGACAGUAAUGGCUGCCGACUACUCUGGCUUGAAGAUCGCCGCCUACAAUUACCAACAGGAUCCCAUGUCCACCAGGCAUUACAAGAAGAACUCUGAACCUAAUUUCAGCAGCGUUAAGCUUUGUUUGAUCGAUACUUUGACUCUUGACCCUGAGUUCCAUGAAAUCUUAGCUGAUCGAUGGCUGCGACCGAUGAGAAACCCGCGAGCAAGAGAAAUCGUUGCUCCCAUGCUCUGUCUACCGGAACAUGGUGGUAUGGUCAUUAGUGUGCGUGACUGGGUGGGUGGUGAAGAACGAAUGGGAUGUUCGUUGACUCACGAAAUGGAUCCCGCACAACGUGUUGGCUCCAAAGAUGACGAUGAGAAAGCCGAGAGGUCUGAAGCCAACUCUGGUUUUGGUAGCAGUCUUCUUGGUGGUGGAUCUCGCGUAUCUGCACCAAAACAGACCUCAAAGAACGAGUUGAGUGAGGUUCUACUUGACAAGGAAGCUUUAAAGAGCAAUGAAGUUGUUGUACUCGCCAUGGGCGAAGAUGCUCGGAAGUAUGCCAGGAGUAUGCCCCACGCUGUCCGUGUUGGUGCUUUUGGUUUCCCACUUCCAGAUGCGACACUCUGCGUUGUCGAUCCCGAGACCAACCUAUUGUGUGUACCGAACGUUAUUGGAGAAAUCUGGGUUGACUCACCAUCUCUUUCUGGAGGUUUCUGGGCAUUACCGAAGCAUACAGAGGCUAUUUUCCACGCUAGACCAUACAAAUUCGAAGACGCGAAUCCCACUCCCAUUCUAGUUGAGCCUGAGUUCCUGCGCACUGGCUUGCUGGGCUGUGUCAUUGAAGGCAGGAUCUUUGUGCUAGGUCUAUAUGAGGAUCGACUUCGCCAGAAGGUGGAAUGGGUUGAGCAUGGUCAAGAGGUUGUCGAACACCGAUACUUCUUUGUUCAGCACCUGGUCGUCAGCCUUUUGAAGAAAGUGCCGAAAAUUCACGAUUGCACCGCAUUUGAUGUGUUUGUCAAUGAUGAGCAUCUACCAGUCAUUGUCCUAGAAUCCUACGCUGCCUCAACGGCGCCUACGACAUCUGGUGGCCCUCCACGACAACUGGACUCUGUAUUGCUCGAUUCCUUGGCAGAGAGAUGCAUGGAAGUUCUCUAUCAUGAACAUCAUCUUCGAGUGUAUUGUGUCCUGCUUACCGCUCCAAACAGUCUUCCCCGCGUAACUAAGAGCGGCCGACAAGAGAUUGGCAACAUGCUCUGCCGGAAAGAGUUCGAAGCCGGCAUGUUGCAGGCCGUCCACGUCAAAUUCGGCGUUGAACGGUCUGUUAUGAAUUUGCCUGUUGGCGUUGAUCCUGAAGGUGGUAUCUGGUCACCACUAGCGCUUACCUCGCGACAAGAGGUUCUUGCCUACCAAGAGAAGCAGUACUCAGGUGUGGACUAUCGGGAUGUUGUCAUGGAUGACCGAACUUCCACCCCUCUCAAUAACUUCAAGACAAUUGUUGAUCUGCUCCAGUGGCGUGUCUCACGACAGGCUGAAGAGCUGGCUUACUGCUCGAUCGACGGUCGCGGCAAGGAGGGCAAGGGUAUCACUUGGAAGAAAUUCGAUCUGAAGGUGUCAGCGGUGGCUACAUACCUCAAGAACAAGGUCAAAGUGCGACCAGGUGAUCAUCUGGUGUUGAUGUACACUCAUUCCGAAGAGUACAUUUAUGCUGUUCAUGCUUGCUUCUGUAUGGGCGUUGUGGUCAUUCCGUUGGCUCCAAUUGACCAAAACCGCCUGUCAGAGGAUGCCCCAGCAUUUUUACAUGUCAUUAAUGACUUCAAUGUCAAGGCUAUCAUCGUCAACACUGAGGUUGACCAUGUCAUGAGGCAGAAGCUUGUGUCACAGCAUAUCAAGCAGUCGGCUCAAGUUCUUCGAAUAGGUGUUCCGGCAAUCUACAAUACGACGAAACCUUCAAAGCAAUCGCACAGUUGCCGCGAGCUCGGAUACACUGUUAAGGAUGCUUGGCUCCAGGGCCAACAGCCUGCUUUGGUAUGGACCUACUGGACUCCAGACCAACGGCGAGUUUCCGUUCAGAUCGGUCACGAUACGAUCAUGGGAAUGUGUAAAGUGCAGAAGGAAACCUGUCAAAUGACAAGCUCCAGGCCCGUACUUGGAAGUGUACGCAGCACGUUAGGUCUUGGAUUCCUACACACUUGCUUGUUAGGUAUCUACGUUGGCGCCCCCACCUAUCUAGUCUCACCUGUCGACUUUGCCCAAAAUCCCAUGACUCUCUUCGUGACGCUUUCGCGCUACAAGAUAAAAGACACCUAUGCAACCGCCCAGAUGCUGGACUACGCUACUAGUGCUAUGCCAGCCAAGGGAUUCCAGCUGCAAGAACUCAAGAAUCUCAUGAUCUCGGCAGAAGGUCGCCCCCGAGCCGAUAUCUACCAAAAAACGCGUUUGCACUUCGCCACUGCCAGUUUAGACCGCACCUCGAUCAAUGUCAGUUAUUCGCAUGUGCUCAAUCCUAUGAUUGUCACUCGAUCUUAUAUGUGCAUUGAGCCAAUUGAGCUGUGGCUGGAUAUUCGAAGCCUUCGCCGCGGUCUGGUCUAUCCUGUCGAUCCUGACGCUGAUCCCACUGCACUGCUGGUCCAAGAUUCUGGCAUGGUGCCUGUCAACACACAGAUCGCAAUUGUGAACCCCGAGACAUGCACCCUUUCCCACGUUGGCGAGUAUGGUGAAAUCUGGGUCCAAUCCGAUGCUUGCGCCACUGGUUUCUACAGGUCAAAGAAUGAGUUUGAUGCCGAGAGACUGAAUGGUCGCGUCGCUGACGGAGACCCUGGCGUACCUUAUGUUCGGACUGGUGACCUCGGUUUCCUUCAUACUGUGACCCGACCCAUCGGCCCUGGAGGCCAGGAUGUCGAGAUGCAAGUUCUCUUCGUCCUAGGAAGCAUUGGUGAGACAUUUGAGGUUAAUGGCUUGAACCACUUCCCGAUGGACAUUGAGAAUUCUGUCGAGGCAUGCCACCGAAAUAUCGUGAAUGGAGGAUCUGCCAUCUUCCAGGCGGGUGGCCUGAUUGUGGUUGUGGUUGAAGUCACCCGAAAGGCUUUCUUGGCGUCACUUGUGCCUGUUAUUGUCGAUGUAAUUCUGAAUGAGCACCAAGUAGUGGCGGAUAUUGUUGCUUUCGUUUCUCACGGUGACUUCCCCCGUUCUCGACUCGGCGAGAAGCAACGCGGAAAGGUCUUGGCCUCGUGGGUGACCCGCAAACUGCGCACAAUUGCCCAGUUCAGCAUUCGCGAUUUGGACGAGAACAUCUUUGCAGAGUUGCCCCAGCACCGUGUUAGCCGAAGCUCUAAACCCGGAAGCACGAUGGGCGCAAGUACCCGCCGAGGAUCGACCAUGAACCCCGAAACUGAGAUCCCUGCUGUCCCACGAUCUCCCGCGGGGGUUGUUCUCGAGGAGACGAUUGCUCCUCAGGCGUCAUUCCAUGAGGGACAUCCCCAGAAGAUGCUACCCGAACUCGACACCCGCACUGACCGCACAGUUUCUGCCACUCCUGUUCCUGAACCGACCUCCGCUGUGCCCUAUAUACAAGAACCGCAAUCCGCUACGAUCAUGUCUGCUGACGAUGACCACCAUUUCAAUGGCCUUGACCACGAUCAAAACGUUGGGGCUCAAGGAGAGUCCCGCGAUUUUCGAUUCAGUUUUGACAUGGUCAGCACACCCAUGGAUCAUCCAGGAGGCGAGCGUCCCUCCACAGGGCGUGACUCUCUACCUAGCCAGCAGCCUGGUCUGUACAAUGGCGGUGGCAACGUUGCUGGGCCUAUGCAUGAUGACAUGUAUCGGCCAGGUACCCAGGAGAGUGGCAUCAUCGAUGAUUGGCCUCAAGAAGCUCUGAUUUACCAGAACUCUGUAGGCGGAGACGAGGAGCACGACUUUGUCCGCCGGCCCAGUGCUCAAAGUGCUGCGGUCAGGCACCGCUACGAUGGCACGGGCUACGAGUAG